AUGAAUAUAGCCUAUCUAAGUUGGAGGAACUAGCAUGAAUUCUCAAUCAGUGAUACUGAUAUUAGUGAUAAUGAGGAAAACACUUUUGAGAUAGAGUAAAAUAAUUCUUUAAAAUAUCUCAAUGUUAAACCUUCUAAAAAACACUUCAUAACUAUCCAAGAAAAAAAAUAAUACAUAGAGGAGUAUACUAAAAAGAAAAAAACAGAACUCUGCAAGAAUUUUGUGUAGACUGGGAGAUGUAAAUAUGGUUAUGAAUGUUCUUUUGCUCAUGGGGAUUCUGAAUUAUAGCCUAAAACUCAUUUGCAUUCCAAAUAUAAAACUAAACCAUGCAAGAGAUUCUUCCAAUAAGGGUAUUGUCCAUAUGGGAUUAGAUGUUAAUAUAUUCACGAUGAACUAAUUAAUAAAACUGAAUUUGAUGGAUUUCUAUAAAAUUCUUAUAAAGAACUUGGCGUCAAAGCUCCAAUUUCCUCAAAAUAAUUAAAACCUGAUUUAAGAAACGAUAUUCAAAGAUUUAUUAUAGCAAUGAAUAAUAAAAACAUCGAUUUGGAAUUAUUUAUAUAUAAUAAACCUAGACUGUGCUUUUUUAAAUAAAUCACAGAUCCUUAAUAUAAUUUCUUGUCAGAUGACUCUCUAAAAAAGCUUGUCGUCUAAGGCAAAAAUUGUGAUUAUUGAUUUUUAUAUUUAAUUAAACAUUUAA